UGCGAUGAUCGGAGUAUCCGAGGAGCAGAGCCUUAAAUAUCGCUAUCAACCGUCUCUGAAAGUGUCGUGAAAGACAAUUGGUCAAGAUGGUCUUCAUCCUCGGGAAUCCCUUCCUGGAUACCCUCCUCGUCAAGAAAGCCCUCGAGUCCUUCUAUGGCAUCGGCCCCGUGGUCUCCCGCAAUGUGAUGGCGCGAUUCCACAUCCACCCCACGAUGAAGGUUGGCUCAUUGAAGGACCAACAGCUCUUGGAACUCAAUGCGCAGCUAUCGACGAUGAACAUCGACAACGAUUUACGGCGGGAGAUGAGGGACAAUAUCAAGAAACUGAGGGAUAUUGGCUGCUAUCGGGGGAAACGGCAUGCGAUGGGUCUCCCGGUCCGUGGGCAGAACACAAAAAACCAGAUCAAGAGCGCACAGCGGUUGAAUCGGAUCGAGAGGAGGAAUUAGACGAUUGGAGGCGCUCCAGCAAUUCUACGCAUGUUGUUUCGCAUCUAGCUAGGCGUUAUUGGGUCGGUCACUCGAGGAGAAGGAUUGUCGGCAACUGGGCACAGAUAGCCACGCAUUAUAUGGAAUUGGGAGAGCAAAAAUAUGCGCCCAUCACUCAGCAGCUUUGCCUGAGACAUUGUACAAUAGAUUCCACUCGGACGUAUGAGCCUCUAUCAUAGGCAAUACAAAUUACAGCUACAUAUGUGUACCCAUUCAAUUCGAUU